AUGAUGCUUCGAGGACACACCUUCAGGACAAUGAGAUCAUCGAUUGCAUUUGAAUGCCAUCAGGCAUGUUACAAUGAUUUCAGAUGUCACAGCUUCAACUACGUCAUUUCAGAGGAAGUAUGUGAACUAAACAACCGGACUAAGGAAGCCAGACCAGAGAACUUCGUGCCAAAUUUUGAGAGAUAUUAUGUUAGGAGUAAUAAGAAAAGAGGUGAGAUUGAACGAGAAGUAGCCUUAGUGCUGGUGUUCAUUGAAGGAAUUUGAACCUGAUACAACUAUUCUCUGUCUUCAGUUCCUCUUGGCUCCGUUCCUGAAUUUCCAGCGGAAACGUGUAAAGAGAUAAAAGCAAGCGAAGAGGGGAAAGCGACCAGUGGCAGUUAUUGGCUUGAUUCCAUUAUAAAGGGAAAAACACUUCUUGUUCCUUGCGAUAUGGAAACAGCGGGUAAGAAAACUCGAUUGCUGGUAUUUGUUGACAUCAGUGUAAUAAAACUUGAUAAAGCACUUUAUUAUUUUGGUAAAGUAGAUCCAUGUCAAGUUGUUUUAUCCUACAACAUUUGAUCCCUUUCAAUGAGAUCCUAAUCCCAACUACCAAAAAUGGGAGAAACAUCAUCAAAAAUCUUCCAUUCCUUGUUUUCGCUUAAAUUUACUUAUUUGAUUAAUUAUUUAUCCGCUUAUUAAUUUGUCUAUGUGCUGGAAGUUUUUGAUAUUUCAUCUUAAAAUAUGAUAAAUAUAGUAGAGUAGCUAUUUUGCACGAUUAUGUUAUUUACCAGGAGCCCAUUAAGUAAUGGGCUCCUGUAUUUACCCAAAAGUAACGGUCUAAAAUUUCCAGGAACCUUUUACCCCACCUUAUUGUUUUUAUGUGGGCAACCUUUGAUUUCAGUGGUUAGGAAAUACUUCAGACUCAUGAGAGUACACCGUGAAAACGAGGUUUGGGGGUGAGAGUGGAUAUUCUGACGUAAACAUGCACAGGGCCUAUUAUCAAUUAGUUUCAAAUUUGUAAAGUAUAUCCAAUUAUUUGUUGCUAGAUGCUGAUGAAUGCAAAGCCUCGUUACCUGUCUGUAACACGAAUGCCAUUUGCCAGAAUACCCUUGAUUCGUAUAUUUGUGCUUGUAAACCUGGAGUUAUUGCAGAUGGGAGAACUUGCACUGGUAAGAGGGUUAAC